AGCAGGUGAGCUGGGCAGCAUCCUGGAGGAGGUCUCAUUGAGCUGGGCCUGUGUGGAAGCAUCAGGGCCUGGGCCUGAAACCCAGGAUGGUGGGCAUAGGCACCUCCGUCUCCUGCUCUUGUCUCCCUGGGCCACUCGGCCUCACUGCACCCUGCCCGUGGCUGAGGGUCCCAGCGGGUGGGGGUGGAGAAGAUCGCAGGCCCCUUGCUGGGCAGCCCUGCUGGUGGAUGGCGCACCAUGAACAUUUAGGCACCCUCUCCCAGCGUUAUGUGCACAUCGAUCGUGGCCAGGGUGGGUGGGAAUGGAUUUAUAAUUAGACAGCAGUCCGGGCGAUCAAUAGGGAGAUUAUUAGAACCAUAAAUAGAACUUUAGGAUUCAGAUGAGGUAAUUUCCCCUGAACCAGGGCAUCGAUCAUUAGCGUGGCCCUGGAAUGUUAAUGGUGCCUGUUAGACUCUAGAGUUAAAUACUUGUGGAGAGACACACUGCAAAUCUCCACCACAGACCGUCAACCACCCCUGGGUCGAAUGAGAUUGUUCCAAGGCAAACACUGAUCUGGGGCCAGCGGGUGGGACGGGGGUGCUGCAGCCCCCUCUGUUACACGAUGUGGAGAGGAGGGGCAGGGACCAGCCAUGGCACUUUGGCCUCGGCCGAGGCUUGGCAGGGGAUGCUGAACGUGGCUGGGUCUGGCCAGAAGGCUGGUCCUUGGAGGGGUGGUGGGUGGCCCAGGGCUCCCAGGGCCUCCUGCGGCCACAGGUGGGGCCUGGAACAUCCCACAUCUUGAGCAUCCAGAGACUCCUGGGCUAUGGAGCCGCCGGGCAGGGCUGUCCAGUGGUUCUUCCCGGAUUGUUGGGCCGGGGCAGCGCUGCCAUUGCAGAGGGCAGAAGCUGCCCACGGAGCCUGGCCCUGUGCCUGUGCCCCGCCCCUCCUGCCCUGAGAGCUCUGGACAGUGGUCAUGGGGGCCACCCCAGUGCCCUGCUCGCACCACCAGAGGCUGCCAUGGUCUGGGACAUGCUGCGAACCGUGGCCCAUUUCACGCUAUGAACUGAGCUGCGAGACCGAGGCUCUGGCCUUCAGAGCCCACAGUGGGUUGCAAGUGGCACCGUGGACCUCCACAGAGGGGUGGCCCGGUGGGCAGUGCGGGGUGCUGGAGGUGUUGGCGAUGGCCCUGAGGAGCUGGAGUGCCUCCAUACAUGGAGAUUGGGUGGCACCAGCUUGGGGGCUCCUGCCACCCCUGUGCUGGGCUGCAGGGGCCCCGGAGGGUGUCCCGUGGUCCUCACGGCUGAGAUGGGCCAGGCAGGGGCAGAUCUUUGAACUCAGGGCUGUCCAGGCCCUAGGGCCCUUUGAGUGACGAGGCUGGAGCUUCGCGUGGGUGGGCGAGUCCGCCCCAUGGGGCUCUGCAGGGUGGCGCACGUCCACACCCGUGCAGGGGUGACACUGGUGACAGAGUUCGGCUCUGAGCCUCCCUGGCCGCUCCUCAGCCCCUCCUCCUCCCUUUCUCCCCCACCUCUCAGCACAAAAUAGCACCCAGUGAGGCGUUUAUCUGGGGGGCUGGUGUCUUUCACGGGCCAGAACCUUACAGAUGCGUUUGGGCCUGGAGGGCUCCUAAGAAGAGGGUUAGCUUGGCAUUUCCUAAACUGUGCUCCACGGAACCCUGGUGUUCCCCGAGGUUGCAGGUGCUCUCUGCUGGCCGCCUGGUGCCUGCUGUGGUUAGGAAGCUCCCCGUGGGGUGGGUCCCGCGCGGCUAUGCUUGGGGCCCUUGGCUCUGCGCCCCUCGGCCUCACGCUCCCCUCUCUCCUGCCUUUCCUUCCGUUGCUGCUGUGGCACCUCCAUCACAUGCUCUGUCUGGCCGCCCGCCCCCCCUCUCUUCUGCCCCCGUGUUGUGGUCUUCCCUCUCGCCGUCCUCCCCCGCCCCCGGCUCUCGCUUUGCCAGACGGCUUCUUUUGGCAUGCCCGGGCUCUGCUUCCGGCAGGAAUUGGCAGUGGCCGUCCCGGCGGAUGGGGCGGUGUCCCGGCAGCGCGUGGGACGGUGGAGCCGAGGCGCGUGCCGGACUCCUGAGACAGGCCGAGGCAGCGGUGGCGGCCGUGGCGGUGGCAGACACGGUCCGAGAAGGCCCCCCCGUGGCCGGCCCUGAUGGCUUGUCGAAGGCCUGGGGCCGUGGUGGAGCCUGUACGUCAGCCCUGGUCACCCCCACCCCGGGCUCGGUGGGGGGCUCCACGGGCCCCUCAGCUGCAGCCUCCUUCUUCAUAAGGGCUGUGCAGAAGCUCAGCCUGGCCUCCAAGCGGAAGAAGCCCCACCCGCCACCGCCUCCAGCCACCCGAGGCACCUCUACCUACCCCACCGACUUCAGCGGGGUCCUGCAGCUGUGGCCGCCCCCGGCGCCCCCCUGCCUGCUCAGGGCUGCCUCCAAGACCAAGGACAACCCUGGCAGCAUUGGGAAGGUGAAGGUUAUGCUGCGGAUCUGGCCCGCACAGGGGGCCCAGCGCUCGGCCGAGGCCAUGUCCUUCCUGAAGGUGGACCCUCGGAAGAAGCAGGUGAUCCUCUACGAUCCCGCCGCCGGUCCCCCAGGCAGCGCAGGCCCCCGGCGAGCCGCCACUGCUGCGGUUCCCAAGAUGUUUGCCUUCGAUGCCGUCUUCCCCCAGGACUCCGAGCAGGCCGAAGUCUGCUCGGGGACCGUGGCCGACGUGCUCCAGUCGGUGGUCAGUGGGGCUGAUGGCUGCAUUUUUUCCUUUGGCCACAUGAGCCUGGGCAAGUCGUACACCAUGAUCGGGAAGGACAGCUCACCCCAGAGCCUGGGCAUCGUGCCCUGCGCCAUCUCCUGGCUCUUCAGGCUCAUCGAGGAGCGCAGGGAGAGGACGGGCACCCGCUUCUCCGUCCGGGUCUCAGCCGUGGAGGUGUGCGGGCGCGACCAGAGCCUGCGGGACCUGCUGGCCGAGGUGGCCCCUGGCAGCCUCCAGGACACCCAGUCUCCGGGAGUGUACCUGCGGGAGGACCCCGUGUGUGGGGCGCAGCUCCAGAACCAGAGCGAGCUGCGGGCACCCACGGCUGAGAAGGCGGCUUUCUACCUGGAUGCGGCCCUGGCGGCCCGCAGCACCAGCCGAGCGGGCUGCGGUGAGGACGCCCGACGCAGCUCCCACAUGUUGUUCACGCUGCACGUCUACCAGUACCGCAUGGAGAAGUGUGGCCGGGGAGGAAUGUCCGGAGGCCGCAGCCGCCUGCACCUCAUCGACCUGGGCAGCUGUGAGGCGGCAGCUGGCAGGGCCGGGGAGGCUGCUGGGGGUCCCCUGUGUCUGUCCCUGUCGGCCCUGGGCAGCGUCAUCUUGGCCCUGGUCAACGGAGCCAAGCAUGUGCCGUACCGGGACCACAGGCUCACCAUGCUGCUGCGUGAAUCCCUGGCCACCGCCGGCUGCCGCACCACCAUGAUCGCCCACGUGUCAGAUGCGCCAGCCCAGCAUGCGGAGACGCUCAGCACCGUGCAGCUCGCCGCCCGCAUCCAUCGCCUGCGCAGGAAGAAGGCCAAGUACGCCUCCAGCUCCUCUGGCGGGGAGAGCUCCUGUGAGGAGGGCCGGGCCCGUCGGCCCCCGCACCUGCGGCCCUUCCACCCACGCACUGUGGCCCUGGACCCCGACCGCACACCUCCCUGCCUGCCCGGUGACCCCGAUUACUCCUCCAGCAGCGAGCAGUCCUGUGACACGGUCAUCUACGUGGGGCCCGGUGGGGCGGCGCUGUCAGACCGGGAGCUCACCGACAACGAAGGUCCGCCUGACUUCGUGCCCAUCAUCCCUGCCCUGAGCCGCCACCGGCCCUCCAAGGGCCCCCGAGACGCAGACCACUUCCGCUGCAGCACCUUCGCGGAGCUGCAGGAGCGGCUAGAAUGCAUGGAUGGCAACGAGGGUCCCUCAGGAGGUCCAGGUGGCACCGACGGAGCUCAGGCCAGCCCCGCCCGAGGGGGCCGGAAGCCCUCGCCACCAGAGGCUGCAUCCCCCAGGAAGGCCGUGGGCACCCCGAUGGCUGCCAGCACCCCUCGAGGCAGUUCUGGUCCAGACACCCACCAGGGUACCCCUGAGCCCUGCAAGGCCACUGUCUGGGGUGACCAGAGAGAGGACAGCAGCGCUUGGCCUGAGCUGCUGGUCCCGGAAAAGGCUGCAGUGGGUGGAGGCAGGAGGCCACUGCCCAGCCCGGCUCCCCCACCCCCUCAGUUGCUGGAAGCCUGCAGAGCCCCAGAAGAGCCUGGGGGAGGGGGCACUGAUGGAGUGGCACGGACCCCUCCCGUGGGCAUGAGUGGGCAGGUGGCUGGGUCCCCGAUGCUUCCUGGGACCACCUGCCCCCGCCUGGCUGCUGGCAGUCGCUGUCCGGAGCGGGGCCUGCUCACCACCACAGUGACCCUGCAGCGGCCAGUGGAGCUCAACGGCGAGGACGAGCUGGUGUUCACGGUGGUGGAGGAGCUGUCCCUGGGGGGGCUUGCCGGAGCUGGGCGGCCCACCAGCCUGGCUAGCUUCGACAGUGACUGCUCCCUGCGGGCCCUGGCCUCGGGGUCCCGGCCGGUCAGCAUCAUCAGCAGCAUCAAUGAUGAGUUUGACGCCUACACCUCUCAGGCCCCUGAGGGGGGGCCCCUGGACGGGGCGGCCUGGGCCGGCAGCAGUCACAGCUCUUCCAUCAGCUCCUGGCUCAGCGAGGUCAGCGUCUGCACCGCUGACAGCCGUGGCCCCACGCCGCAGCCCUGCUUCAGCCCCGACUCGCUGGCAGGGCUUGACCCUGGGGGCCCCCCUGCCCUGGUUGGUUCCCUGGGGGAUGGAAGCUCUGGGUUCCUGGGGCCAGACAGACCUGACAGUCCUGGGCCAACCUGGGGUCCGUGCCCUGGGGAAGUGGCUGCAGUGGCCCCAUCCCGACCUGGCAGGGAGCUCCAGGCCGGGCCCUCACGGGGGGCGUCCGCAGCCCAGACCAUCCACUCCAGCCUCCCCCGGAAACCGAGGACUGCCUCUGCCACCACCCGCGUGGGCUGUGCUCGCCCGGGCCAGAGCCCACCUGGCCGUGGAGGCCUGUUUGAGGACCCAUGGCUGCUCCGGGUAGGGGAGUGUGAUGCCCAGGCAGCUUCUGCUGGCAGGGCCCCUAGCCCCACACUUGGCUCACCCCGGCUGCCUGAGGCCCAGGUGAUGCUAGCCUGUGCCCAGAGAGUGGUGGACGGGUGUGAGGCGGCAGCCAGGGCGGCCCGCAGGCCAGAGGCUGUGGCUCGGAUCCCACCGCUGCGGAGGGGUGCCACCACGCUGGGUGUGACAACGCCAGCUGUGUCCUGGGGGGAUGCUCCCACGGAGGUGGUGGCCUGCUCGGGGAGCCUGAAGGCCUCCCCCACCAGCAAGAAGAGUCUAGCUCCCAAGGCGGGCUUCCUCCCGAGGCCCAGUGGGGCGGCCCCCCCGGCCCCACCCACGCGGAAGUCCAGCCUGGAGCAGAGGAGCAGCCCGGCCUCAGCCCCUCCGCAUGCUGUGAACCCGGCGCGGGUCGGGGCUGCUGCUGUCCUUCUAGGGGAGGAGGAGCCCAGACCCAGCAGCCGGGCUGACCACUCUGUCCCCAGGGCCACGUCCAGCCUGAAGGCCCGGGCCAGCAAGGUAGAAGCGGCACACCGUCUUGCUGGACACGCAUCUCUGGAGCGGUACGAAGGCCUGGCGCACAGCAGCAGCAAGGGCCGGGAAGCCCCUGGGCGGCCUCCCCGGGCUGUACCCAAGCUGGGUGUGCCACCCUCCAGCCCCACACACGGUCCAGCUCCCGCCUGUAGGAGCGGCGCAGCCAAGGCUGUGGGGGCCCCCAAGCCCCCUGCUGGUGGAGGCAAGGGCCGUAGCCUAGUGGCUGGUGGGUCACGGGCUCUGGGGCCUUCGGUGAAGCUGUCUGCGGCCUCUGUGGCGGGCAGGAGCCCUGGCGGCCCUGUGGCCGGUCCCAGAGCAGCCCCACGGGCCGGGCCCAGUGUCGGGGCCAAGGCUGGCCGGGGUACCAUCAUGGGCACAAAGCAGGCGCUCCGGGCCGCUCACAGCCGCGUCCAUGAGCUGUCAGCCAGUGGAGCCCCGGGCCGAGGUGGCUCCUCGUGGGGCUCGGCGGACUCAGACAGCGGCCAUGACAGCGGCGUGAACGUGGGGGAGGAGCGGCCACCCACGGGCCCGGCCCUGCCCUCCCCCUACAGCAAGGUGACCGCCCCACGGCGGCCCCAGCGCUACAGCAGCGGCCAUGGCAGCGACAACAGCAGCGUGCUGAGUGGAGAGCUGCCGCCCGCCAUGGGCCGCACCGCCCUUUUCCACCACAGCGGUGGCAGCAGCGGCUACGAGAGCCUGCGGCGCGACAGCGAGGCCACCGGCAGCGCCUCCUCCGCCCCUGACUCCAUGAGCGAGAGUGGGGCUGCCUCCCCAGGCGCCCGCACGCGCAGCCUCAAGUCCCCCAAGAAGAGGGCCACAGGUCUGCAGCGGCGGCGCCUUAUUCCCGCCCCGCUGCCCGACACCACUGCCCUGGGCCGUAAGCCCAGCCUCCCCGGGCAGUGGGUGGACCUGCCCCCGCCCCUGGCUGGCUCCCUGAAGGAGCCGUUCGAGAUCAAGGUGUACGAGAUCGAUGACGUGGAGCGCCUUCAGCGGCCCCGCCCCACCCCGAGGGAGGCCCCCACCCAGGGUCUGGCGUGCGUCAGUACAAGGCUGCGGCUGGCAGAGCGCAGGCAGCAGCGGCUGCGGGAGGUGCAGGCCAAGCACAAGCACCUGUGUGAGGAGCUGGCCGAGACCCAGGGCCGGCUGAUGCUGGAGCCUGGCCGCUGGCUGGAGCAGUUUGAAGUGGACCCGGAGCUGGAGCCCGAGUCGGCCGAGUACCUGGCGGCCCUGGAGCGAGCCACGGCGGCCCUGGAGCAGUGCGUGAACCUGUGCAAGGCGCACGUCAUGAUGGUCACCUGCUUCGACAUCAGCGUUGCAGCCAGUGCUGCUGUCCCGGGGCCGCAGGAGGUGGACGUCUGAGGCUGGGCGCCGGACAAGAGGAGGGGGCGUGCAGGGGGCUGGAGGACGGGACUUGGGACGGAGCGAGGAUGUGGUGGGGGCUGCGGGGGGAGGAUGCGGAGGGCUUUCUGUGUAGGACGGGAGUCUCAGAGAGGAGACGGAGUGUGGGGGAGGGAGGGCCGGCCACGCGGUGGACAGAGCGAGGGUGCCAGGGUGACCAGAAGACCAUCACCACCGAACAGCAACGCAAGUGCCUUUGACCUUGAUUUGGACUUUUCUCCCUUUUGCAUUUGGUGCUACAGACUUGAGACACCAGCAGAAGUUGUGUUCAGCCCGGCCCCGCUGCGCCUGUCCGGGCCGGGGCUGGCGCCGGUUGUGUUUGUGUCCACCUUGCCUUCUUUGCAGCCAAGCAGUUUUUGUGGAGUGGGACUUACCUGCACGCCCCAGGGGUCUUUCAGGAUUCAGGAUGACUUUUCUUUUACAAUGGUUUCCUCUCGGCAGAGCCCGGGUUGUGGGGGAUCUGUGUGGGGUUCUCAACGCAGAUCCAUCCUGGGGUCUCACGGGCAGGGAUGGCUGACCUCGAGUCCCCUCCCUUCCCGAGAACCUGCUCUGUCCCGAGGGCAGCUAACAAGGGCUGAGCCCCAGGUACAGGUUGCCUCUUCCACGGCAGGAAUUUUUACCAAAACCACAAGCAAAAAACAAAACAGACCACCACGACCAACAACAAAGAUGGGGGGUAGGGUUUUGUAAAGGUUCUGUUAGGUUCAUAUUUUUAUAUCAUUUUGCCCAUAAAUGCGGAAUUUGCCGUGGGAAUUUGAAGACAAAUGAUCUAUGUUUGUAUGGUUUUCUAGGGAAGGUGUUCUGGGGGCCGGGCUCUCUCCAGCUGUGGGAGGCCUGCUCCCUCUGGGGGGCACCCUGGGCAGGGUGGGGGGGCCUUGGGAGGCGCUUCUUGCCAAAUGCAGACGAGGGGUGAGCCUGCCAGCGUUUGCGACGUCCCCGCACGACAGGCUCAUACUUUCUGAGGAUCGUGCGUAGCAUAGGACGUCUGAACCUUUGUACAAAUGUGUAGAUGACAUCUUGCUGCAGCUUUUAUUUGUGAAUUAAAGAUGCAUCGAUGGUU